AUGGGUGCAGUAAGUGAUCAUGAUGGUGAUUCAUUUAAGAAGGCAGGUGCAGUUCCUUUUAAGUGGGAGGUAAAGCCGGGACUCCCCAUAGUGCAACAAAAGCUCCACCACCAGAAGCUGGAAUCGCCGUCGCUGAAGCUCAGGCCACCGCCGCCGGCAGGUGCCUACCUGCUUUCUCCGGAGGAACCCCGGACUCGGUCCUUCCGGUCCACUCCGAGGGUCCGCUCCGACCGCUGGCGGUUCGAGCGCCCUCUUCUAGCCCGAGCCGAGAGCGUGUCGUCGGGUUGCUUCUUUUCGCCGGUUUUGAGGCGAUUGCAACGGAGGAAGAAGGUGAAGGUUCCGAAGAGAGUGGUUGAAGAGGACUAUACGUCGGAGCUUGAGACGCUAGGUCGGUGGUCCUUGUCGUCGACGAAGUCGCUCUCGCCGUUUUCCGUGGCGUCGACGGCGUCGUCUUCCGUGGCGUCGUCGCCCCGGCCAGUUAGUGAUGCCGAAUGGGCCGGGUUUGGGCUUUUCUGA